AUGGUUUUCAGUUUCAGUGGUUGACGGAAAGUGAUAGGUGUGUGUGGAGGCGGAGAAUAAAAUUAAAAAGUUCCAAAAGUUAAAUAAAAGUAUAUUUGUUUUGGAUGUUCAUUCACAUUUGAUUAACAUCUACAGUAACCAUAAGUUACUGCUGUCUUUACGUAGAAAAAUAAUGUUAACCUUUUAAAAUAAAUAUCUUACGUAAGACGAAACAGUAAUAAAAUGGGUAAUUCAGUAUCAGCUGAGGCUGGUGUGAGCUUGCCAAACAUUGGUAAUGCAAAUCCACCACCGGAAUGUCCGAUGCACCAGAAAACGGAGCCAAAACCCGCAGAAACCAAACGACCAUCCGAUUGUCCAGUUCAGCAUGGAAAAGACAGUGAUGUCAAUCCCUAUAACAUGAUGCCACCGGCUAACCAACAGCCUGCUCCAGACCAGCCAUUCGAACUUCCUACUCAACGCCAAGUAUCCUCAAUUCCACGUGCUAUGCCUGAUGGAUCCACAGAAUUCUGGGUGUAUCCCAGCCAGCAAAUGUUCUGGAAUGCUAUGUUACGCAAAGGCUGGCGUUGGAAGAAUGAAGACAUCAAACAGAAGGAUAUGGAGGACAUCAUUAAAAUACACAAUGCUAACAAUGAACAGGCUUGGCAAGAAGUCCUGAAAUGGGAGGCUCUACAUGCAAAAGAAUGUGGUCAUCCAAGGCUGAAGAGCUUUGGAGGCAAAGCUUCAGAUUACAGUCCAAGGGCUCGCAUCAGGCAUUGGCUUGGGUAUGAGUUACCCUUUGACAGACAUGACUGGAUUGUUGACCGAUGUGGAAAAGAAGUCCGUUAUGUUAUUGACUACUAUGAUGGUGGUGAAGUCGACAACCAAUACCAAUUUGCACUGCUUGAUGUCAGACCUGCACUCGACUCUUUUGAGAAUGCUUGGGAUAGAAUGAAAGUUAUGUAUAUGAGAUAUCGCUAUGAACUUAUUGGUUCCAAGGAAAAUACUAAACUAACUAAUUAAAUCCAGUUGAUUAUCAUGCGUGUUGCAUGUACUUACUACUAUUUAAGUAUUUAUUUUAUUGUGGGGUUCUUCUGUCGACAAGAGUUUGUCACUGUGGAAACUCUUUGUGAUUAAAUUUUAUUUAAAAUAAUAAUUAUUCACAGUUGCAUACCCGUUGUCUAUACGUGGACUUCAUAAAACAUUUAAGGAAUUAAAUUAGAAGUAUUCUAUGGAUACUUUAGUGAUUCAACCAUGAUCUAUAGGUUAGAAUACCCACAUUAUAUGUAGGUAAUUUAAUGCUUGUUCUAUAGUCAGUACGUAACAUAGAUGUUAUUAUUAUUUCUUACAAAGUUAUCAUAACUUUGCUAAGAAUAACACCUGUAUAGAUACAAAAGUACUAAUAAGGUUUAAAACAAUAAAAGCUGUAAAAUAUAUAAA